UGAAUAAAACUCCUUUUUCAGCAAUAAAUUGCCCCAGUCCACACAGUACCCAAGAAAACAUUCUUCAAUCCCAAAAGUGAGUCACUUGAGAAGACUUGAUUAAGCCCUCAGUUUCUCAAGUCUCUCACAUUUUCAAUUUCAAACAUCCAAAAAGAAAAAGUAUAAAAAUGCCUAAGAAAAAUCCCCCUAUUUUCCAAAAAGUUUCUACUAAUCUAUUAAACAUGUCAAUAUUCCUAGCAAAAAUGAAAAAGCCCAUCAUUACGAGGCUAAUUUCUCUCAAAGAAACAAAGAAAAUGAUGAAAAUGAAGAAAAUAAGCCUCCUUAAGCAUUAUAAUUAUCGGUAUAUUCAAGAAUACCAAUUCUCUCCUUCAAACACACCAUUACUUCAGUUUUAUAAUAGAAAAGAUUCACCAAGAAAACAGAGGAGCUAUCGAGAUUUUUGCUCCUCUGUUUUCUUAAUUUCGAAGUGUUUGGGAAUUGCGAAUGGAGAAGGAGGGGAGAAAAGGAGAAGGUACCCAGUGUUGGAGUUGGAGGGAUUAGGUUCAAUGGAAGAUGGUAGAGAACUUUUAGAUGUUGGAAAUGAGGAUGAGGAUGAUAAUAAUUCAGUUGAUGAAAGAUCUGAGAAGUUUAUUGAGAGAUUCUAUGAAGAAAUUAAAUUGCAAAGGCAAGCAUCAUUUUUGAAGCAGUUUAAUGCAAUGGUUGAUAAUUGAUGAAAGCAGCAAAGCAGAAACCGGAACUAGAAUUUUAUAUUUAUUAAGUUCUUGAUAUAUAUUUUAUACAUGUUACGCAAUAAUUUUUUUAAUAUAAAUAUAAAAUUUAUGUCGAAGUUACUAGAUUUUACCGGACCUGCAAGUCGCUUUCUAGCUCCGCUCGUGCUUUCAAGAUGUGUUCUCCAAGUAGAAGAGAGAGUUUUUUUUUUUUUUUUUCAUUUUCAUCUUUUUGGGUGGUUUUUAUUUUACUUUAUGUUUAUUGUAUGUUGGGAGUUUUGGUGAUAUUCUUUGUGAUUUAAUUUUCUCCAUUCUUCACAUUAUUUUUAGUGGCUGUGAUGAUAGUGUGCUUUAUUCUUUUUCUGUAAUGUAAUGUAGUUGCUAUUUAACGAGUUUGUAUUCAGAGGCGAAGCUAUAGUAUAUGAUGGCCAAUUUAGCUUUUAACUCACUAAUUUUUGGG